AUGGGAAACCUUUGCUCCUGCUGCCGGUCCAACAAAGCGCAGGGUUAUGAGCCGUUGUUGCUCGAGAAUGAACGGGAGGCAGUUGCGGAUCUCCUCCAGUUCCUUGAGAAUCGAACAACAACCAACUUUUUCAGCGGCUCCCCACUCUCUGCACUUACCAUCUUAUCGUUCUCGGAGAAUGUCGAUUUGCAGAGAAGCGCUGCGCUCGCCUUUGCCGAAAUCACUGAGAAGGAAGUCCGUCAAGUCGGGAGAGAUACGCUCGACCCCAUCUUGUUCUUGCUCAGCAGUCACGAUACUGAGGUUCAACGAGCUGCUAGUGCUGCGCUGGGUAAUCUGGCCGUCAACACUGAGAACAAGAUCCUGAUUGUCAAGCUCGGCGGGCUCGAGCCUCUCAUCAGGCAGAUGCUUAGCCCCAACGUUGAGGUCCAGUGCAACGCAGUGGGAUGUGUUACUAACCUGGCAACACAUGACGAGAACAAGACCAUGAUUGCCAAGUCCGGGGCGCUUGUUCCUUUAACCCGACUCGCCCGCUCCAAGGACAUGCGUGUUCAGCGAAACGCAACUGGUGCCCUUCUCAAUAUGACCCAUUCUGACGAGAACCGUCAGCAGCUUGUUAAUGCCGGUGCCAUCCCAGUAUUGGUUGGAUUGCUUAAUUCUCCCGAUACUGACGUACAAUACUACUGCACUACGGCGCUCAGUAAUAUUGCCGUCGAUGCUGCAAAUCGCAAGAAGCUGGCCUCGAGCGAGCCUAAACUUGUGCAAAGUUUGGUUGCACUCAUGGACAGCCCAAGUUUGAAGGUCCAGUGCCAAGCCGCACUGGCUCUCCGUAACCUUGCAUCCGACGAGAAAUAUCAGCUCGAGAUUGUCAAAGCUGAUGGCCUUCAGCCUCUACUUCGUCUCUUGCAUAGCACCUUCCUUCCUCUGAUUCUUUCUUCAGCUGCAUGUGUCCGAAAUGUUUCCAUUCAUCCUCUGAACGAGGCGCCCAUAAUUGAAGCAGGAUACUUGGGCCCUCUGGUUGACCUUCUGAGCUUUGAAGAGAACGAAGAGGUUCAAUGUCAUGCUAUCUCAACUUUGCGUAACCUUGCUGCUAGCAGUGAGAAGAACAAAGGCCAGAUUGUGGCCGCGGGUGCAGCUCAGAAGAUCAAGGACCUAGUACUCAGCGUGCCUGUGAACGUCCAGAGUGAGAUGACUGCAUGCGUAGCUGUUUUGGCGCUGAGUGAUGAACUGAAGCCUCAGCUGCUCGAGAUGGGUAUCUGUGAGGUCUUGAUUCCUUUGACGAAUUCACCCAGUGUAGAGGUUCAGGGUAACAGCGCUGCUGCUCUGGGCAACUUGUCUUCUAAGGAGGAGCGCUCCUCUUUGGAUGACUACAGUGCAUUCAAUGAGGUCUGGGACAAACCUGAGGGCGGUCUUCACACGUACUUGUUCAGGUUCCUGAGCAGUACGGAUGCUACAUUCCAACACAUUGCAGUGUGGACGAUCGUUCAACUCUUGGAAUCACGGGAUGCUCAACUCACACACAACAUUCGCUCCUCGCCUUUGCUUAUUCCUCACAUCCGACACCUUUCGGCCUCGGCCGCAAGCUCUCCUUCGAGCUCACCCGGGUCCCACUCCCAAUCGCGUACCUCUUCUGACGAUGCUGGCGAAGGUGGACAGGGCGAAAUCGCAGCGCUGGCGCGGCGUAUUCUCGAAUUUACCGACGGAGAUGGCCCCGAAGAGGAGGGUGCGUCAGUGUCUGCCGGCGAUGACGAGAGGGAUGAUCAUGAGCUGAGGAAGAGCGUGAGAGAGGCACUUAAACCCUCACGUCACGAUUAA